UCGUAUACAGACAUGCAACGUUUCUCAAUUUAAAUAAUAAUCUGAAAAUUCGUGCUAGCUGACAAGUCGUCAUAAAUUACCAUUUAUAAUUGUGUAUAAUAACUGCAUUUUUUUCAUGAUAAAUAAACAAGUAUUUAAGGAAAGAUAUUUUGUUCAUUUGCAGCAUUCAUUAGUUGCAAAUAUAUUUGUUAUUUUUUGAUAAAUUUAUUAUAAUAAUGGCAGUGAUAACAAAAUAUUUAAGUGUAGAUGUAAUUUUGGUGCUUGCAUCAUUUGUUAUUCUAUCAUAUUUAUAUAUGACGAGGAAAUUUAAAUUUUGGAAAAAACUUGGUGUCAUGGAACAAUCACCAACUCCAUUUAUUGGUAAUAUUGGAGAAAUGAUGAUGAUGAAGAAAUCACCAGGUCAGUGGCUUCAAGAUCUGUACAAUUGGAGUUCUGGACUACCCUACAUGGGAUUUUAUGUAUUUGAUAGACCAUUUUUUCUUGUACGUGAUCCUGAUUUGAUAAAAAAUAUACUUGUUCGUGAUUCACAUAUAUUUCAAAAUAGAUUUGUCAGUGCAAGUAGUGAUGAUCCACUUGGAAGUGUUAAUUUAUUUUUAGCUAAAAAUCCAAUAUGGAAAUUGAUACGCCAAAAAUUAACACCAAUUUACACAUCAGGAAGAUUAAAAAAAAUGUUUGAAUUGAUGAAAGAAGUUGGACAUGAUUUUGAUAAACAUUUAGAAUCAUUAGGACUUGAAGGUGAAGGAAAAAAUAUUGAAUUUAAAGAAAUAUCUGCUAAAUUUACAACUGACAUGAUUGCCACAACAGCAUUUGGUUUGAGAGCAAAUUCACUUAAUGAUCCAGAUGCUGAAUUUAGAAAAGAAGGAAAAAGAAUUUUUAGUUCUGGAAUUUAUAGAAAUUUUGAAUUAACAUCGUUAUUUUUUUUACCACAACUUCUUAAACCAUUGGGUCUUAGAUUUAUACCAAAAGAUAGUACAAAAUUUUUACGAAGUGUUAUUAUGAGUACGAUUGAUGAACGUGAAAAAUCAGGAUGUCAAAGAGGUGAUCUUAUUGAUCUUUUAGUUGACUUACGACGUAAUCAAGUUGAUGGUCCAGAAAAAGAAUUAUUCAGAUUCGAUGGUGACAAUCUUGUUGCUCAAGCAACUGUAUUUUUCACUGGAGGUUUCGAAACAAGCUCAAGUGUUUUAUCAAUGGCUUUGGGAGAAUUAGCGAUUCAUCCAGAAAUUCAGACAAAACUUCGUAAUGAAAUUUUGGAAUAUCUUGAUCGAAAUAAAGGCCAAGUAACUUACGACAUGACAAACGCAAUGCCUUAUUUGGAUAUGGUUGUUAAAGAAACAUUGAGAAAAUAUCCUCCUCUUCCAAUUUUAGAUCGUGAAGCAUUGGAUGAUUAUAAAAUUCCAAAUUAUAAUUUAACACUACCAAAAGGUACUCCUGUUUAUAUAUCACUUUAUGGACUUCACUAUGAUCCAGAAUAUUUUCCGGAACCACAAAAAUUUAUUCCCGAAAGAUUUACUCCAGAAGCUAAGGAAGAACGUAGAAAUGGAGUAUAUCUACCAUUUGGUGAUGGACCACACGUGUGCAUUGGUUUACGAAUUGGAUUGAUGCAAUCAAAGCUGGGAUUGAUUAAUUUAUUGUCGAAAUACGAGGUGUCACCUUGUGAAGAGACACAAAUUCCAAUGCGAUUUAAUCCUCGAUGUUUGAUAACAACAGCGGAAAGUGGUAUCACUCUAAACAUUCGUAAACUUGUUAAUGUGUAUAUUUACUUUUUUAUUUUGAUAAUCAUACUGAUCCUACUGGCAUAUUUUUAUACGACUAGAAAUUUUUUAUACUGGAAAAAAAGAGGUGUAAAGUUCGUGGCACCAUUGCCAUUUGUUGGAAAUCUUUUGGAUUUGAUAACAGUUAAAAAAUCACCUGGACAAUUACUUGAUGGAUUAUAUAAUAGUACAGAAAAUGAGCCUUACGUUGGAUUUUUUGGAUUAGAUAAACCAAUGCUUCUGAUACGUGAUCCAGAGAUUAUUAAAAAUAUACUUGUUAAAGAUUUCAAUUUUUUUAAUGACAGAUUUGCUGCGACAAGUCCAAAUGAUCAUUUGGGUUAUGCAAAUUUAUUUCUAUUAAAAAAUCCAGCAUGGAAAUAUGUCAGAUCAAAAUUAACACCAAUUUAUACAUCUGGACGUUUGAAAUUAAUGUUUGAACGUAUGCUAGAAGUUUUCUUUGAUUUGGACACUUAUCUUGCAUCUCUUGACCUAAAAGGUAAUGGAAAAUCAAUUGAGUUGAAAGAAAUAUGUGCCAAAUUUACGACAGACAUGGUGGGAAUAACAGCAUAUGGAUUGAAAGUAAAUUCUCUAAAUAAUCCAAAUGCUGAAUUUCGUAAAAAUGGAAAAAAAAUGUUUCAAUUAUCUUAUCUACGAGUACAGGAAUUUAAUACAAUAUUUUUUGCACCAGUAUUGACAAAAAUAUUUGGUAUUCAAUUUUUUUCAAAUAAAUUAACCAAGUUUUUGCGUGAUGCUUUGUGGUCCACCAUUAUUGAACGUGAACAAUCUGGACAAAAAAGAAAUGAUUUAGUUGAUUUAUUAAUUGAACUAAAAAACAAUGAUGUAAAUAAUCCUGAUAAAAAAAUUUUUGAAUUUGAUGGAGAUAAUUUAACUGCCCAAGCUGCUGUAUUUUUUACUGCGGGAUUUGAUACUUCAAGUUCAUUAUUGAGUUUUACUUUAUACUCACUGGCUUUACAUCCAGAAAUUCAAGAUCGAGUUAGAGAAGAAAUGAAAAAUACUCUCAACGAAAAUAAUGGAAAACUAACAUACGAAAUAAUGAUGAACCAACUGACUUAUACACAAAUGGUUAUAUCAGAAACAUUGAGAUUGUAUCCAGUACUGCCAUUUUUAGAUCGAGUUGCUGAUGAAGAUUAUAAAAUUCCUAAUCAUGAUUUAGUCAUAGAAAAAGGAACACCAGUUUUUAUUUCAAUUUCAAGCAUUCAAAUGGAUCCGAAAUAUCACGAUAAUCCAGAUAAAUUUGAUCCUGAAAGGUUUUCUAAUGUCAACACAAAUGCAGCAUCAUCAGCAUAUUUUUCAUUUGGCAUGGGGCCUCAUGCUUGCAUUGGUCAAAGAUUGGGUUUACUUCAAACGAAACUUGGUCUAGUAAAAAUGAUUUCGAAUUAUGAAUUUACACCUUGUAAAGAGACUGUUGUUCCACUUGAAAUCAGUCCAAAAGGUUUAUUAACAGCAACAGAGUCAGGCAUUUAUCUAAAUGUCCGAAAAAUUGAUGAUCGAAACAGUUGGUUAUUUUUUAAAUUUAAUUAUUUUAAUUAUUUUUCUUUGAAGUUUACUAUAUUCUUUACGAUGGCAUAUAUCUUAAUUAUUUUAUUGUUAACAUUGAUAUUUUUAUCGUACAUUUAUAUGAAAAGAAAUUUUUCAUACUGGAAAAAAAAAGGUGUAACAUUUGUAUCACCUUGGCCGUUAUUUGGAAAUUUAUUUGAUUUAAUAACUAGUAAAAAAUCAGCUGGACAAUUUUUUGAUGAUAUUUAUAAUAAUUCAAGUGACCAGCCUUAUGUUGGAUUUUUUGGAUUAGAUAAACCAAUGCUUGUGAUACGUGAUCCAGAGAUUAUUAAAAAUGUACUUGUUAAAGAUUUCAACUUUUUCAAUGAUAGAUUUUCUGCUGCGGGUCAAAAUGAUCAUUUGGGUUAUUCAAAUUUAUUUCUUUUAAAAAAUCCAAAAUGGAAAUAUGUGAGAUCAAAGCUAACACCAAUUUAUACAUCUUCACGUUUGAAAUUAAUGUUUGAACGAAUGCUAAUUGUCGCACUUGAUUUUGAUACUUAUCUUGAAUCUCUUGAUUUAAAAGAUAAAGGAAAAUCGAUUGAAUUGAAAGAAGUAUGUGCCAAAUUUACGACAGACAUGAUAGCAAUGACUGGAUAUGGAUUGCGAGCAAAUUCACUGAACAAUCCAAAUGCUGAAUUUCGUAAAAAUGGAGAAAAAAUAUUUAAACCAACAUUUUAUAGAUCAAUAGAAUGGAACACCAGAACAUUUGCACCACAUUUAAUGGGCCUAUUUGGUUUUACAUUCUUCACAAAAGAAGCAAGUGCAUUUUUGAGUGAUGCUUUGUGGUCCACCAUUAUUCAACGUGAACAAUCUGGACAAAAAAGAAAUGAUUUAGUUGAUUUAUUAAUUGAACUUAAAAACAAUGAUGUAAAUAAUCCUGAUAAAAAAAUUUUUGAAUUUGAUGGAGAUAAUUUAACUGCCCAAGCUGCUGUAUUUUUUACUGCGGGCUUUCAUACAUCAAGCUCACUUUUGUCAUGCUCUUUAUAUGAAUUGGCUUUACAUCCAAAAAUUCAAAGCCGUGUUAGAAAUGAAAUGAAAAUUCUUCUUGAAAAUAAUCAUGGAAAAAUAACAUAUGACUUGAUGAAUCAACUUAAUUACACUGAGAUGGUACUAAAUGAAACACUGAGAAAAUAUCCAGUAUUGCCAUUUUUGGAUCGUGUGGCUGUUGACGAUUAUAAAGUUCCCAAUCAUGACAUGAUCAUUGAAAAAGGAACACCUAUUUUUAUUCCAGUGUCAGCUGUUCAAAUGGAUCCAAAGUAUUUUGAAAAUCCAAAUGAAUUUAAUCCUGAACGUUUUUCCGAAAAACCAACAACGGGAACAUAUAUUCCAUUUGGAAUUGGUCCCCACGCAUGCAUUGGUCUUAGAUUGGGCUUACUCCAGGCAAAAUUGGGAUUAUUAAAAAUGAUUUGCAAGUAUGAAUUUUCACCGUGUAAUGAGACAAUGAUACCAAUUAAAAUGAGCACCAAAGGAUUACUGAUGAUACCGGAAUUCGGUAUUACUUUAAAUGUGAAAAAAAUUUAA